CGAAACAAAAGAAGCUGCAUCGCUGCCGUGAGCGUUAAUUCUGCAUUAUUAUGCCAUAAAAAGGCUGUCAUAGGGUCUGACCAGAAUCAAUGUGCAGAUUUUCGAAUCGGUUCAACUUGAGUAGCAUCUUUCACUGGCAACGCGGAGCGUCAUUGGUUACGCUGGAUAAUGACGAGUAAUCGUAUAAAAGACUGAAAUUCAUGCGAGUAUAUCAGAUACCAUCUAAGGAUGCAAGAUCCAGGGGAAAGGUGCUAAAUGAAAAUAGGACGUAAACGGCGAAACGUGAGUUAAAAGCGACUUAUUUUAUCAAUUCAUUGAUAGCAUGGAUUGAUUGAAAUAAACGUACAGAUUGUGUUCAACAUACAGACGCCGUUUUCACGCGCUGGUUUGGAAGGUGCUACUACACGUCGUUCAAGCAAGCUAUUGCUGAUCAGUCGGACCUUUUCUACCUCGUGGACAGUGUUUUAGAUGAAAUCGAGCAAGCUAAGGCUAAGAAAGCCGACACCGACGAUUUGCUGCCGGCAGCAGCUGAAGAACUUUUUAUUCCUGAUAUGAUGAACCAAUUUGAAGCCGGUUUUGGUCUUUGCGGAAGUGACCUUCGUAGCCAAUAUGGCUCUUUUUUUGAUGCCCCAAUGUCUCAAAUUAGUCCGUAUCCCCAGCAGGCAUACAUGUCCCCGCCAAACGCACACAGUUCAUGCAAUAGCUCCAUCGAUGAUAUUAUCGAUGAAAACGAUGACGAAAUCGAUGACGAGUACCUGAAAUUUGUUGAAAAGAAUGACGGCGUAUGUGCGAGAUUGCCACCACAAAACGCGUACAUGGAGUCCCAUAAUUCAUCAAAUACCUUAACUUCACCGUCCAACUUAACUUGCGGGAUACAAUCAUCAGCGUAUGCUCUGUCUGCACAACAGCAGCAACAACAACAACAGCAGCAUCAACAACAUUCCGGGGGCUGCGAUGAUGUAUCCAUAGCAACCGUCGAGUCAUCAGUCGAAAUUAAAAAAGAAAUUCAUAACAACUUCUCAGAUCUCAUUCAGCUUCCGGAUAUAAAACAUCACGGGCCCAUCGCCAGUAAUCAAAUGCAUCAGUACCGGGGAACAGCUUUCUUUGACGAAAGUUCUUGUGAAACAACACAUUCAGAGUGCAUGAGUUGGACCCUAAAGCAUCCGGAGAGCUGGUGCCCAAUGGAUGUGCUGGACUGGCUCUACUGGUCCGCUGAGAACUACGAGAUCGACUGCUCCGUGUUGAGGGGAGAGGCAUUCCGAAUGAUAACCGGCGAGCAAUUGUGUCAGAUGACCGUGCAUGAUUUCACGUUACUCGAGCCGACGUUUGGACCUCUUCUGCACCGCUUGUUCAGAGAACAGUUACAAUGUGCCAAUUUUUCUCCUGCGACAUCAUCGAAAUCCGGGUACCACGCGGUUUCCUCGCGCGCCAGGGAUUCUCAUGGUUACAGUUACCAGGAAGCGAGUCCUGUCGACCGCAACACAAGCUUCCUGUCCGACAAUGCCGGAUGUGCGAGCCCCAGUAGUGGGUCCGAACACACGAGCCCCGAGUCGUACCGACAGUACCACCAACCUCGCGAUGCCUUAUUCGACUAUGGUAUUUACAUGAGCGCCGGCCACCCACAGACACAAACAGACGCCCAAGACUGUCUUACUCCCGAGGGAAACAACAGUUUUGCGAUUCCCCCCGCCGCACACAUGAACUACGCAUUCGCCUACGACACAUAUUCAUCCACACCGCGCUCCAUCUUCAACCCCAUAUCGAAGGCCGAUGCGCGGGAGAAAUACUCAAGCAGCCCCGUGCCGCGCCGGAAACCUGGCCGGCCCCGCAUUAAGAGCAUUCCCACUGAAGAAGAGAUAAGGGCACAGCGAGAAAAGAAAAUCAAGAGCCAGCACCUAUGGGAGUUCAUCUACGACAUGCUGAACAACCCGCUGUACAACCCGCAGAUCCUCAAGUGGGAGCAACAGGAGGAGGGCGUCUUCCGGUUCGUCCAAUCCGAGGCUGUGGCGCAGCUCUGGGGGACUCUCAAGAGCAAUGACAACAUGACUUACGAGAAGCUCAGUCGAGCCAUGAGACAUUACUACAAGCGCGGUAUUCUCGAGCGCGUGGAGGGGAGGCGACUCGUGUACAAGUUUUCCCGGGGGACGCUAGAGCGAAUGAAGCAGCGGCAGUCCGGCGCGCACAUGCUAGACGUUUUCUCUAGCAACGUUUUCUCUUCUGACAACCGCUUCUCAAUGCCCUCCGUGUCGUCAGUGUCUUCAUUUAACGUGCAACAUUCUCAUGCGCACGAAGCUUUUUUAUGAAACGACCGUUUUUCGCAUUAGCGUGGUGAUUUUUUUUUGUCUGGCGAAACUACGCUUGGUAUAAUGAUACCUUUUAAGUUUACAGUAUCUAGUCUUUGUCAUAGUUUUUAUUUGUCAAUUAAAUACACUACACACAGCGAAAAUAGGUGAUGUGUGAUAUAGACAACAGCGUGCAAUAUUGCAUUGGCGUGAACAUUCAUAAACUUUUGACAUUGCAUAAUACUUAUUGUUUGACGAGCUUCGAUGAUAGUGUUGUCUCAAUUUUCACUCAGCAUCGCUAAAUAUGCAUAUUUUUACUUUGUAUUUUAUUGACUCGAAUUGUGUAUUGUAUAAACAACGAAUUAUUUUGUACAUACGUAGAUUAACGGACCAAAACUGUUCCGGAUGAAAUAAAUGUGCUAAUAAAACUAUACUUUUGCGGAAAUAUGCGUGCAUCAUUGGUCAAUCCGGUGUUAAAACAACCUCAAGCAAUCAAAACAAUUUGUAAAACAAUUAUAAUUGACAAUAGUUAUUUAUAACAUCAGCCUGUAUAUAGUUUACGACGUUUUGCAUCAGAAGACGAUUUAUUGCCUAUGUCACGGAUAAUUCCUAUAUCACGAUUGUCGUUUGCGAUACCGAUGUAACUCCAGUAUGACCAUGAUGCCACGCUUGUACUUCCUGCAAACUCUCUUGUGAUACCGAUUGAUCUUGACGUAUAUAUCAUACGCACUCAUGUUCUUUAUUUAUUGUCGUGAUAUGAUAAAGUUUGUAUAAUUUAUGCAAUAAAACACUCGAAACACG